AUGCUUUCUGAGCAGAAGAAGGGAUCAUGCCUUGUUGCUCGAGCAGUUCCGCCGGUAUUAGCAAGUUCUAUGGAUCGGGAUUUGUCUGACAUAAUGGAAAAACUGACCCUUGGUGAAUCCACCGCACAACGUAAAGCUGACAAGGUUGCAAACAAUGUAAGUCCGUCUGAUUUUGUCUCGCUGCAAAGUAUCAGAUCAUCAGCGUUAGCUCACAAAACAGCUACAACUUCAAAAUUUUGUGGCAACGGACCUUCUCUGUUCAACGAUUUGAUCAACAAAGAUGAGGGAACUUUGAAUGGAGAGGUGGAUCUUGAAUUGGAAGAAAAGGCCAGGGGAGACAAAUCGUGCAUUGAAAACGACCAAAGAAAAAACGGUCUCGAGAAAAUGCGGAAUAGUGAUCUGCUGUCGCGAGGCCCCGUGAAGAAUGUGCGACUUCCUCAGAACCACCAUCCAUACAGCAUGAGUAAGAUUUUCACUCGCAAAAAAAGGUGCAAGAUAUACGACAUAUUGAAUUCUUGA